UGCUCAGGCUGCUCCUCUGCUGCCCUCCCUGUGCCUGCAGUCCCUCUAUAAAACCCAGAGCCUCCCAGGCGCCUCCUGCAGCCACCUGCGACCCUCCCUGCUCCCAGCCUGCUGAGAUCUCGCCUGGCCUCCAGGCAUGAGGCUGCUCUGCUGGGUGUUUGCUACGCUCCUGCUUUUCUCCUUGGCCAGCCCAGGGUGUGGGCAGUAUAAGGGUGCUUGUGAUGGGUACUGUGCCCACUUGUGUGCCAAAAGAGACGAGUGGACCUUCAGCCACACCUGCGGGAAGAUGUACUGCUGCAUCCCCCCACCCAAAAAGGGAAGAUGACUGUGACAGGGCCCAGCUGUGGAGGAAGAGCAGCACUCAUGGAGGGGCUCCCAGCCCUGUGCUCAUUUUGUGAUGCAGACCUUCAGUGUUGUGAAGUAAAUAGAGGCAGAUCUGA